GCUGUCAAAUUCUCAUUGUCAAUAGCAACUGGACCGGGGCCAAGUGUCUGAAAAUCGCGUCCAGCAUGUCAAAAGUGGCGAACUACACGGCGAUGGGGAUUGUCGAGCCCCAGGCUCGGAUCCGGCACUUAGCGACGUACGGGAAUAUGGUGAACGUCGACGCGAACAUUCCGAUUCGCAGGUAUUAUCGAUCCGGAAUGGAAAUGGUGCGAAUGGCCAACGUGUACUUGUCAGAAGGAAACCACGAGAAUGCCUACAUCCUCUACAUUAAGUUCAUGACGCUGUUUCUGGAACGAGUCCAGUCUCACCCGGAGUAUAAGAGCGUCCCGGCGAGUACGAAGCAGCCGAUCCAGGCCAAGUUGAAGGAAGUCCUUCCUGUGACGGAGAAGUUGAAGGUGAAGCUGUUGGAUCGGUACCAGAAGGAAUACGCUCAGUUUUUGGCCAAUAAGGAAGCGGAGAAAGCGAGGGAGUUGGAGCGAGCAAAGGAGGCACUGAAGGAAAAGCAAAACACGGUGAUUUCGCCCGAUGCGUUGCGGAUUGAGGCCGAUCCGACGGUCCAGCCGACCGCCCCGGACAUGAGUUUGCUCGAUCAGGUCGUUUACCCCAACGACUUCCCCGGGAGCUCGAACCGGAACAACGUGCCUUCAACAGGACUUCUGCUGCCGGAUAAUGAUAAGAAGACGCCAAGACCUGCAUUCGACCGCAGCCAGAAACCCUCAAAUGAAUCCCUCAUCGAAGGGGCUCUCCGCACCGUCAUCAUUCCCCAGGACACCAUGUCCAAGUUUCUCAACAUUGCGAACAAGAACACCAACAACAACAUCGAGACUUGCGGCAUCCUGGCAGGCAGCCUGUCUCACAAUCGGCUCACGAUUACGCACGUGAUAGUCCCCAAGCAGCACGGUACGGCCGACAGCUGUACGACCACGAACGAGGAGGAGAUUUUCGACAUCCAGGACCAGCAGAACCUGAUCACGCUGGGGUGGAUUCACACUCACCCUAGCCAGACCGCAUUCUUAUCAUCGGUCGACCUUCACACGCAUUGCUCUUAUCAGAUGAUGAUGCCCGAGGCAGUUGCCGUGGUUUGCGCGCCAAAAUAUCAAGAGACUGGAUUUUUCUGCUUAACGCCAAAUUAUGGGUUGGAUUUCAUUGCCCAGUGCCGGUUGCAGGGCUUUCAUCCGCAUCCCAAUGAUCCGCCGCUCUUUAUGGAGGCACCUCACAUUUUCAUCGACGAAAAGUCCAAAAUUGAACUGAUUGAUCUCAGGAGGUAGUUGCAGAGCGGCAGCAGCAGUCAAGGCUCAUAUCAAGCCAGUCGUGGACAAGUAGAAAGUAAAAUGCAGGAAAACCUUGAUAAGUUGUUCAUUUAAGUGCUUUAACCCGUGGCUUCUGGAGUUCUAUAUAUCAAAGUUUGUGAAACGUAGAGCGCGCACUCGAGCGCCAAAAAAAAUAUAAUCAAGAACCAAAAAGAUGACAACCUAAACCCCGCAAAUUGGCAAAAUGGAAUCUCAACUGUGCAUAUUACCAAGUUCUAAGCAUUCCCGAGGGAAAACCAAAUGAUUCGAAUGAGUUUUGAUAUUAAUUUCGAUUUUGUACUACGUGAAAAAGCCAAAAACUCACUUUGUGACGAUGAGCGUUUGUGUUGGGUGUUCAGACACGAAUUUGUUGAAAGUUAUUUUUUCUAAGACGUAUCGUAAGCUACUACGUGAAUGUAUACUGGUUGGGCUAACCCAAGGAUCUAUUUUCUGUUCUGUGUUAAUCGUUUAGUUGUCGACUAUUUAAUAAACGGAAAAUUGUGAUUAGCG